AUCUUGAGAAGAUUAGCUUCGAUUAAUUAACACUUUCUUGUUCUCUUCCAGAACGACUGAAUGUGCUUUACGAAAAGAACUGGACCAAGCUAGUAACUGAGCAACUGAAGAGAUUUGAAAGGGCCGUUAUAGCGUCGGGGAGAAUCGAUGGAACUGUCAGCGAUGUUCAGUCGCAUUGGACUUUUGGAGGCGCGCUGUUCUACUCAAUAACAUUGCUCACAACUAUAGGUUAUGGAAGACUGUCUCCUAGAACAGCCAUGGGCAAAGCAGUCGCCGUAAUAUAUGCCUUCAUAGGAGUACCUCUAAUGCUAGUGCUUUUAUCAGCACUUGGUAGUCUUCUAGCAUCUGGAGCAAGAAAAGGAUAUUCCAAAUUUUGUUGCCUAAGUCAUAGAAAAGCGACGAAAAGUCCAUCCGUUGGGUAUCAUAAAGCUCCUUCCAGUCCGUCAAACAAACGAUACUGCAAAAAUCAUGAUGACUUGGCAUCCAUCCAAUUGAUGCCCACAGCGGCCCUGCACGCCCACACGAACAAUCACCACCACUGCGUGAAGAGCACGCCACUCAUGGACCACCAGGAAAUGCCAAAACGCGCCAUCUUGGCUACUGUGAGGGCUCCACGAACACGAGGAGGGCGGUGCAGACAGGGGACGGUACGACAGACCUUGAUGGAUGCGCCGCCCAUAAUUUGCCCUGCCCAUCCACAGAAACCAAUCAAAAACCACGCUACGCUCAACUCGUCAAUCGUCGGGAUCGCCACCACAGCGGAUUUGGAUGAUCCGGAUGAUACAGAUGAUAAUGAACAUAGCCAUGACACUCCAUCCCGCAUUCCACUUAUCUGGAGACCUCCGGAUGCCAAUUCGACGGGCAGUAGAUCACCUGUCCAUCAGCAAUCAACGCCAUCUGUGCCAGGACUGUUAGUCCUGCUGCUAUUCGUUUGCUAUGUCUGCGCAGGAGCAGCUACAUUUUCGUCAAUACAUAGCAGUUGGUCGUUCCUAGACGCCCUCUACUACUGCUUCGUGGCCCUGUCGACCAUAUCGCCAGGUGAGCGCUUACCCUCGGGUCCAAGUCCGACUGCCCAAGCCCAACUGCUUGCUUGGGCUGCCUAUCUGUUCGUAGGACUCGCUGUGGUGGCGAUGUGCUUCAGCUUGGUCCACGAGGAAGUUGUCCACAGGUGCCGGCAAGUGACCAGGUGGAUGGGACUGAACACUCAAGAGCAUCGCUGACCAUGCGUUGCGCCGACCUCUGAUAUAUCUGUGAUUCUUAUUUUUCAGUUAUGUCAUUCAUAUGUUAAUAAAGAUGUU